GGAGAAUGUGUCCGUCAACUUGAGAAGUUGAGUAAAGUAGAAAUGGUUGAGAAGUAAAGGGAAGCGAAGAGAUCACCGGAGAACGAGAGAGACCGCAAGGAAGACGACGAAGAGGAGUUGAAGGAGAGAAAGAGAUAAAUGACUCUGGGUCUGAUCAAUGCGAACCCAAUCGUCCACGCUAAAAAGGAAAGGGUCGCCCGAUGCGAAGAUUCCCACUGCUGCGACGCCGUCGAUCCACUCGACAUCUAUGAUUUCGUGAGGGAUAUAAGAGAUCCGGAGCACCCAUAUUCAUUGGAGCAGCUCAGUGUAUUGUCGGAGGAAUCCAUUUCAGUCGAUGAUAAGCUGGGCCGCAUCCUGAUUACAUUCACUCCAACCAUACAGCAUUGCAGCAUGGCGACGGUAAUUGGUCUGUGCCUUAGAGUGAAGUUACAAGAAUGUUUCCCUCCUCAUUACAAGGUUGACAUAAAAGUUUCCCCUGGAUCUCAUGCGGAUGAAGAAGCAGUUAAUAAGCAGUUAAAUGACAAGGAAAGAAUUGCUGCAGCCUUAGAGAAUCCUAAUCUCCGCCAACUCGUUGAUGAGUGUCUUUACUCCAAUGAGCUGUGACCAAACAAGCAUCCAGGGAGCUUACACUGCCUUUCAAUGGCCGUUGUACAGAGUAACUCCUUUUGCUGAAUUCUGAUAAGUUGUAGCGUAGCGUAACUGUGGAGGGUGAAUGCAGUUGAAGUUGUGGCUUAGUAUAACUACCGAGCAUGAUACUGCUAAGUUGUAGCACCGUGUUUUAACUACUGGAGAUGAAUGCUGUUAAGUUGUGAUGCAGUGCUUGUAUCUUGCCUCUUCCUGGAUUAAUGCUUAUAGAACUGCUAAUCCGUACGUACAAAGACUGUGUAAUGAAUGGAGUUUCGUGUAUCAUAAGCUACUUCAGUCACUUAGACUAUCUACGCUUUGGA